UUUUUUCUUUCUUCCUCUUUUCCUCCCCUUCUUUCUUCCCUGUCUAGUUCUAGCCUCUUUUGGAAAUGACAAAAUUGUUAGGACAUCAGGAGCUGGGAGUGUUUUGAGCCUGUUCGAACAUGGAGCGCUGGGACUCUCUGGGAUUUUUGAUUGUCACACUCAACUAUAAUGUGACUGUUGUAGGAAAGAUCUGGCUAAUGUUAAUAAUUCUGCUGCGAAUGGCAGUGGUAGUGUUGGCAGGCUAUCCCCUCUACCAAGAUGAGCAGGAGCGCUUUGUCUGCAACACCUUGCAACCAGGAUGCUCCAACGUUUGCUAUGACUUGUUCUCUCCUGUAUCUCACUUCAGAUUCUGGCUCAUUCAGACUGUGUCCAUCCUGCUACCUUAUGCUGCAUUCAGCAUCUAUGUUUUGCACAAGGUAGCUAUGUACCUUGUAAGAAUGCACUGUCUGGUGCAUGGAUGCAAAGGAAAUAAGGGUUUAUCAAGCCCCAAAGACAUGAAGGAGCUCUGUAGAAAUGCUGUUGUCAAUAGAGUAGAGUGUGAUGAAGAGAACCUAAGUGUCCUUAAUUUUUCUGGGGCAUAUACUGUUCAUCUCUGUUUUAGGACCCUACUUGAGGCUGCCUUUGCAGCUGUGCAGUAUUUUCUUUUUGGAUUCUUUGUUCCUGAGCGCUUUUCCUGCUACCAUUCACCUUGCACAAGCACAGUUGACUGUUAUAUCUCCCGGCCUGAGAAAUCCAUCAUGAUGAUUUUCAUCUGGGGAGUCAGCAGACUGUCCUUUGUGCUCAGCCUUGCAGUCUUGUCUGUGCUCCUCCGGAGAAUGACAGCAAGAAGCCAAAAGAACAAGCUGCUGGCAAACCUCUGCAUAGAGAAGGAAUGCAUUUUAAAUAUUCCCCCACUACAGCACAGAAGCUCUCCUGCACCUCAAAUGAAGACUUGCCCAGUAUCAAAUAGCUGCCAGACCAGUGAUGGCUCCUGCUCGCUUCUCUCUGAUGAGGAAGAAGGGGCUGUUCUUCAUUCCGAAGCUGUCCCCCAGCAAACUGCCAGCCCUAACCUCUUAACAUCACCAGCAAACAAGUGCUGUGUCUCAGGAGAUCUUGCUGUUAAGCUGGUAGCAGUGAAGAACCCCUGGUGUAGUGACCAGCAAGGAACUACAUGCAGGCAAGUGAGAUCAAGAUUUCGGCAAGACUUUGUUGAAGAGACUGCCCGUUUGAGACCUCAGAUCAACUGUCUUGGAGUUUCUUCCUCUGCAGUUCAGAGCAAGAUUUUAGAAUGCUUACCCUUCAGCUGAGCUAAAAACCUUGAUGCACAAUAAUAUCGCAAUAGUAGUUGCUUGAGGUCAAAGAAGUCAGAAUGGGUAUAGAGCCCAGAGUGAAACACUACCCUGUGACCUUCACAAAUCAUUGCAUCACUGAGGAGGCUUCAGGGAGUUUCGCUGAAUCCCUUGGCUGUGGUUAUUGCUGCAGCGAUACUCUACUAUGCUCCAUUGACAAAGAAACAAAAACUUUGGAUGAGAGUGUGAUGGAUAUUACAUUAAUGAAGUGUUCUUUGGAAAAUGUAACAGUUUUAUGUUUUCUGAGUGUAAGUGACUUUAAAAAGCUGUUAGACUGUCACUGAUGUAUCUGACCUGGUUUUCCAGGAGCAUGUGUGAGCACUUGUUUACCCUAACCCUAGUUUUAUUGCAAAAGAUUAAGCUUAGGAAGACGUGACUUUUAAACAUAGUUGUAUACUGUCUACUGUCAAAAACUUAAUUUAUCUUCUCAUACUAAAUUCUCAAAGCCACUCUAAGAAAGGAUUUUCAAGC